GGGGAGGACGUGACCCGCGCCCGCCGCAGGCCAGGCUCGGGUGUCCUCAGAGCAGGGGCCGCGCCGAGUGGCAGGGCCCACCCCUCCGCCCCCACUCCCCCCGCUUCCCACCACCCCCUCGCGGGCGGGGCGGACCCCACCCCUGCCCCCCCUCCCCACCUCGCGGUCUGGGCUGCGCGGCGGGCGGAGCCGCUCUUGGCCUUUUUUGGGCGUCUCCCCGCUCGGCUCCCGGGAGGGACCUGCGGGCGGGUGCUCGGCCGGCUGCGGAGGCGGCGGAGGGGGUCCCGAGGCGACCACGGGCUCAACGCGCGCGGCCACAAUGACUGGAAGCAACAUGUCCAAUGCCUUGGCCAAUGCGGCUUGCCAGCGCUGCCAAGCCCGCUUCGCCCCUGCAGAGCGGAUCGUUAACAGCAAUGGGGAGCUGUACCAUGAGCAGUGCUUCGUGUGUGCGCAGUGCUUCCGGCCGUUCCCCGAGGGGCUCUUCUACGAGUUCGAAGGCCGGAAGUACUGCGAACACGACUUCCAGAUGCUGUUUGCUCCAUGCUGCGGGUCCUGCGGUGAGUUUAUCAUCGGCCGUGUCAUCAAGGCCAUGAACAACAACUGGCACCCCGGGUGCUUCCGCUGUGAGCUGUGUGACAUUGAGCUGGCCGACCUGGGCUUCGUGAAGAAUGCAGGCAGGCACCUGUGCCGGCCUUGCCACAACCGUGAGAAGGCCAAGGGCCUGGGCAAGUAUGUCUGUCAGCGGUGCCACCUGGUCAUUGAUGAGCAGCCCCUUAUGUUCAAGAAUGACGCCUACCACCCCGACCACUUCAGCUGCACCCACUGCGGGAAGGAGCUGACCGCCGAGGCCCGGGAGCUGAAGGGGGAGCUCUAUUGCCUGCCCUGCCACGACAAGAUGGGCGUCCCCAUCUGUGGGGCCUGCCGCCGGCCCAUCGAGGGCCGUGUGGUCAACGCACUGGGCAAGCAGUGGCAUGUGGAGCACUUUGUCUGUGCCAAGUGCGAGAAGCCAUUCCUGGGGCACCGGCACUAUGAGAAGAAGGGCCUGGCCUACUGUGAGACCCACUACAACCAGCUCUUUGGGGACGUCUGCUAUAACUGCAGCCAUGUGAUCGAGGGAGAUGUGGUGUCGGCCCUCAACAAGGCCUGGUGUGUGAACUGCUUCUCCUGUUCCACCUGCAACAGCAAGCUGACCCUGAAGAACAAGUUUGUGGAGUUCGACAUGAAGCCCGUGUGUAAGAGAUGCUACGAGAAGUUCCCACUGGAGCUGAAGAAGCGGCUGAAGAAGCUGUCGGAGCUGGCCGCCCGCAAGGCCCACCCCAAGUCUGUGGGCCUCAACUCUGCCUGAGGGGCUCCCGCCUGCCUUCUGCUUUUGUCUCCCCUUGCUGCUGGAGCCCCUGCUCCUGGUGCGCUCGAUGCUCCCUUCCUGCUGCUGCCUCUACUCCUCAUCUCUGCUCCCCCUCCCUCCUUCUCUCCUCCCCUCCCCCACCCCCUCCUUCCCAGGCGUCCUUUCUCUCCUCCUUCCUUCAAUGCAGGCACGGGGCAGAUGCAGGGCCCUUGAACCUGUGACAGGCCUGUGCCCACAAGCCUUAGCUCAAGGUCCUCCAGGGACAUGAGGGAAUGGGGGCCUGGGGUCACCUGUCCCCGGUCAUGGACCCCACUGCUCCUGGCCCUGCUUGUCCUGACCUCUCCCAUUCCUGCAGCACCCCUCCCACCCCCACUCCCCACCAGCUCACAUUCUCCUGUGGGAGUUUGGGCAGCCUUCACCCCAGAGUGGUCCUA